AUGUACGGCGCCUACUACCCCUACCUGUACGGGCGCGGCGCCGCGCGCUCCUUCCACCACGCGCCGCACUUCCAGUACGACCGGCUGAACGUGCAAGCCGGCAAUGGCGGCGAGUACGGCGCGGGCGCGGCGGCGCUCAGCUCAGGCUCGGCCUCCUCCGGUGCGCAGUCGCCCGCCUCGCCGCCGCAUGCGCACCUGCCGCUCGCGCCGCACGCGCAUUCCCACGCGCACGCUCACGCGCACGCGCAUGCCCACGCACACGCGCACACGCACGCGCCGCACGCUCACGCCGCGCAUCACUCGCCCCGGCUGCGCGCCAAGGAAGAGGAUUUGUCUGCACAUGGACGCGCCAGUGCUGACGGCGGCGGGUCGUCGGAGUCGGAGGGCGAGUGCGGGGCGGGCGCGGGACGCGGGCGCGCGCAAUACGUCAGCGCCAAUUGCGUCGUGUUCACGCACUACGCGGGCGAUGUCGCCGCCGUCGUCGACGAGCACUUUGCGCGCGCACUCGCCAUCGAUAAACCCAAAGAGAGCGUGCCGCUGGCGUCGCGCAACCUGCCAGCGUCGUUCUUCAACGCGGCGGCGUGCGGCGCGACCGGCGCGGGUGGGCCGGGCGGUCCGGGCGCGCCUGGCUGCGGUCUCGAGCUGUACGAGUACGACCCCUGGCACCAGCCGUACGGCUACGCGCGCGACUAUCAGCACGUCGGCUACGGCGGCUUGCUGCUGGGUCGCGGAGGGCUGCACGCGCAGUACAAGCCCGUCGAGUGGGGGGCGCAGCACGCGCACCUCGACCCCGCCGCCUGCGCGCCCUACUCCUACCCCGCCGUGCCCGGUCUGGAGGCGCAGGUGCAGGACACCUCCAAGGAUUUGUACUGGUUCUGAGAACGCACGCGGCGCGCACUUAGCGUGCGGCGUACCCGGCGUGCUCGACGUGCUCGGCGUGCUCGACGUGCUCGGCGUGCUCAGCGUUCUCAGCGUGACCGGCGUACUCGGCAUGGCCGGCGUGCUCGGCGUGCCCAGUGUGCGACAGUUACGCAUCUCGGCUGCGCCCGCCGCGUGAACACUGCAAGGCUGUAAAGAAAGACAUUACUCUAGUUGUAGGCAUAAAGUUAGGUAGCAAGGCUUAGACAUAGUUAAGCUUAGCCGACAGGAGCGGCUCGCACUGCUCCUGCCGCUCCUGCCGCAUCUGACGCUCCUGACGCUCCUGUCGCUGACGUAUAAACAGCAAGGGUUGACGACACCUCGCUAUUCUGUGCUAGUGUAAAACAACACUACGAUGUUUUGCAACUUGAUUCUCCAACGACAAGCUUAACUUCUUUUCAGUUCAAUUAAUCUAAAGCUGCGCCUGUUGUAGAAUUACAAAGUUAUCCAUCGUAUUUAAAAUGUAUUAAGCUAACUCUCUACCUGAUAUAAUGUUCUGCUGAAUCACGUCCACGUCAAACGUUUUGUAUAUUGUACCGCGACGAGUGGACAUGUAGUGCUUUCAUCUCAAGGGGUGAGUGCGGGUGCCCAGCGCGCGGUUUAUACAUACAUUUGUCGUGGCCAGAUUAAGGAUAAUUGUGCCUACAAGAUUCAAACUUUAUAUCGGCUCACGUUUAUGCAAACACUGAUGUCUGGUCAUGAGUCUCAUUCUCGUGGCGGAAGCGCCCGCACAUCCCGCCAAUAGCUGAGAUUGUGUUAUGCGCAGCGAAUCUUGCGACAUUGAAUAGCUAUAACUCACAACAACCAUGCAGUAUAGUGGCAUAUGUCACAAGAGUGGCGAGGGCGCGCAGGGAGUUCAUAACGCACAUUCGCCCGAUAAUGUUAAGUGUAAUUUUUUCCGCAGCGCAAGUGCACUGCAAUUGAUAACAAUUCUUCCUUGGCAAUAUCAAAUGCAGGAAAACGGGCAAUGCGUCAGGGGCGGGCCGUAGCGGGGUUGGGCGGUGGCAAUAGUUUACGUAGAAACAUGUACAAUUGUUCGAUUACGAUUGUGGAAGAAGUGCAGCGAGUGCAAGUUGUUGGCGUCAUGUCAGCGGUGGGCUAAGCUAUGCUGCGACACAGCCCUGCACGCCCCACACCCCAUCACUAGGUAUUCAAUAUAUAGACAAGUAUGUAAAUACAUACCUAUAGCUAAAAGUGAAUAAAUAGGUUAGAUAUAGUUGUAUACGUAGUUAUUUGGCGCUAGGGCGCGCAGUUGUACAUAGGGCAUAGGGCGCAGAAGCGUGCGGCGUGCGGUAUACGGCGCUAAUCGCACAGAUCUCCACUACAAUACCUUUUGUCGAUAUUAAUUUCAUCCGUGGAGUCAGCAUCGCUUCAGCAAAACAUUUGUAAUCACUGAAUAAACAUGUUUUAAACUUAGGUUCCGUUGUAAUUACUCGUAAUUAGAACUUAAAAAGAUAAUCCAAUUGUAAUAUACACAUAUGUGUGUUACUAUAAAUACCCCGAACUACGACGAAACUUAGGAUUCAUUGGUAAAAGCUAAGGUUUACCGACUAGGUGUGGUAAAAGUCGGAAUCUUUGAGUGAUCUCUGUUUAUUUCGAGCAUUUGAUUCCAUUAAAUCAUAAGAUUUUCUUCGAAUACUUUUUCACAAGUAUCGAUGAAUAGUCGAUUAAAAUUAUGUUUUUUAAGAAAUCAAAAUUAAUUUUGAUUUUAAUUUAUAUAGAACAUAACAAAACUAAAUUAUCUUUAAAAUAAAAUUUAAUUUAAACAGGCGGUUUUCGAUCUUUACCAUGUACCUACUUGAAGUACUAUAUCUUGUGAUUUACCUACUUAGCGAAUUGUGGUAAAUGCUCCAAAUAAACAAAGUCCAUGUAACACUUGUGAAUUUUACCAUAGCUAGUUGGUAAUUCUUCAGAAUAUCAGAGAUCGUGGUUUUUUGGUAACAUACAUAAAGCGUGCUAUAUGAAAAAUGUAUAAGAGAUGAUCAGCAAUACUGAAAUUAUAGUAGUUGUAAGUAAUUUGUAAUAGAAUAAUAGAAGUUGUACCGAUGUGAUGAUGUUUGUGUUCGUGUCGGACGACGACCGGCGACCGCGCUCAAUGCAAUAAAUCUAUCAAUUUAA